CAUAGAUCUGACAAAAGAAGUGGUCAUUCAUUUUGAACAUCGAUUAAUCCCAACCUUCGGGAAACGGAGCAGACGCUUUCCAGUUGCGCAUGUCUAGCAACCCCAAACGUCACUCAGGCGCCAAGAAGUUCGCCGGACACACUUCGGCGCAAAGGAGUACACUGCACUCCUUUUCAUGCUGUAAUGCAGGGCAUAUCCUUUUAGGUAAACACUGAAGCUGCUUGGAAUCAGCAGCUUUGCAUGAUCAAAGAGUUUACUAAAUGAAUAAAAUCGUUCGCGUAAAUAAUGCCAAAAUCAAACAAGAAGUCGUGCACGCAGACGUCCAUCAGCAGAUUCUUCAGUGGAUUUAACAGGCAGGCAAAUGACAGCAGCAGUCAGUGUGGGAUUAAGUCUGCAGAUCGCGGCGCUGGGCACUCAGGUCUUGGGGGCAAGAAGCAGCUCUCUGCCAAUGAAGAUGAGCCCAGAAACAAACGAGCAAAGCUGGCACAGGACGGAGACGAGGAAGACAAGGACUGCGUCUUCGUCUGCAGCAACAGGGUUACAGGUGCAGGGACGGCCUCCUCCAGACCCAGACUGUCCUCUUCUACUCUGGAAAGACUGAAAGGCUUCAGCUGCCAAGGAAACUCAGUGAACCGGGACACUGUCCCCCCAGAGCAAGGCAACGGAGCUAGGGACCACAGCAGGGACCCAUGCGACGCAACAGGGGACAGCGAAUCGGAGGACAGAGAGGAGGAGAGUCCCCGGGUCCCAGCUAAAGAACAGGGUUUCAGUUUGAGCCAGUUUGCCAAGCCAGGUGGUGGUGGUGGCGGCGGCACAGUUAACUCGGGUAACGCGGGUGGAGCUGGCCCUGCUAAAAAGAGUCCCGCAGACACCAGCGCCCCCAACAGGAGAACCAAGAGCAUCUACACCCCCCUGGAGCUGCAGUUCAUGGAGAUUAAGGAGAAGCACAAAGACACCCUGCUCUGUGUGGAGUGUGGGUACAAGUUCAGGUUCUUCGGGGAGGACGCCGAGAUAGCAGCGAGGGAGCUGAACAUUUUCUGUCACAUGGAUCACAACUUCAUGACCGCCAGCAUCCCCACCCACCGCCUGUUUGUCCACGUCCGGCGCUUGGUCUCCCAGGGUUACAAGGUGGGCGUGGUGAAGCAGACGGAGACCACGGCUCUGAAGGCCUCAGGUGCCAACAAGAGCGCCCUCUUCACCCGCCAGCUGAGCGCGCUCUAUACCAAGUCCACCCUGGUGGGGGAAGAUGUGAACCCUCUGCUGAAGCUGGGUGACUUGGAGGAGGCUGAGGACGUGGUCCUGGAUGCUCCAAACAACUACCUGAUGUGUGUGUACGAGAGUUGGGAUGGCCAGGCCAAGGAGCUGACCGUAGGCCUUGUGGCGGUUCAGCCUAGCACAGGCGAUGUACUGCUGGACUGUUUCAAGGAUGGACCGUCCCGCUCAGAACUGGAGACGCGUGUUAUGCGAGUGCAGCCGGUGGAGAUCCUGGUGCCCUCUGACCUCUCCCAAACCACGGAGCGCCUCCUGCAGAGCAUUGCCUCUGCCAGCACACAGGCCGAUGACCGCAUUCGCAUUGAGAGACGGGACAGUUCGCAGUUUGAAUUCGCCGCCGCCAUGCAGACUGUCACUCGCUUUUACUCGGACACGUCCCGCCAGAAGUCAGGAGUGUCCGAUCCAGGUACCCUCUCCAGCAUAAUCUCCUUGGACUCUCCAGUGAUCUGCUGUCUUGGCCCUGUGAUCGAGUACCUGAUUGAAUUUAACUUGGAGAGAGUCCUGCUUUGUACCAGCUCCUUCAAACAGCUGUCCUGUGAGGCAGACUGCAUGAUCCUCAGUGCCACCACCAUGAGGAACCUGGAGAUCCUGUGCAACCAGACGGACCGUAAGGUGAAGGGCAGCUUGCUGUGGGUGCUUGACCACACCCAGACCCCAUUUGGAAGCCGGCUGAUGAAGAAGUGGGUAUCUCAGCCCCUGAAGUCUGCCACGGAGAUCCAGGCGCGGCAGGACGCAGUCGCCGAAAUCCUCUCCUCCAAAUCCAGCGCCCUGCCCUCCCUACGCGCUCUGCUCAGCCGGCUGCCUGACCUGGAGAGGGGCAUCUGCAGCAUCUACCACAAGAAGUGUUCCACUCAGGAGUUCUACCUCAUCAGCAGCACUCUGUCACGAUUGGGGAUGGAGCUCCAGGCCCUGGUUCCCACCAUCCAAUCGCAUCUGAGCUCCGCCCUCUUGAAGGACCUCGUCCUGGCCUUGCCCCAGCUUCUGGCAUCUGUUCAGGACUUUCUGAAUGUGCUCAAUGAAAAAGCAGCCAAGGCCGGGGAUAAGACGCAGCUGUUUGCUGACCUGACCGAGUUCCCUGUGAUCCGGGAGAGGAAGGAGCAGAUCCAGUCGGUCAUAUGCGACAUCCAGGAGCACCGCAGAGAGGUCCGGCUGGUGCUGAGGAACCCCUCGCUGGACUACGUGACCGUUUCGGGCCAAGAGUUCCUGAUUGAGGUGAAAAACAGCAUGUCCUCCACGGUCCCUCCUGACUGGGUGAAAAUCAACAGCACGAAGGUGGUUGGUCGCUAUCACACUCCCUUUAUUGUGGAGAGAUACAGGCAGCUGCUGCAGCUCCGGGAGCAGCUGGUCAUUGACUGCGGUCGCGAGUGGAUCAACUUCCUGCAGCAGUUUGGGGAACAUUACCACAUCAUGAAGAAGGCUGUUUGUCACCUAGCAACACUGGACUGCCUCUUCUCAUUGGCCGAUGUUGCUAAACAAGGCAGUUACUGCAGGCCGCAGGUGCUGGAGGGGGAGAUGCAGAUCGUGAUCCGGGAAGGUCGACACCCCGCCAUCGACCUGCUGAUGGGGGAGCAGGACCAGUACGUUCCCAACGACACAGACUUGCAGGGAGACGGCAAGCGAGCCAUGAUCAUCACCGGGCCCAACAUGGGCGGGAAGAGCUCCUACAUCCGACAGGUGGCGCUGGUGGCGGUCAUGGCCCAGCUGGGGUCCUUCGUCCCCGCGCAAGAGGCCAUGGUGGGCAUCGUGGACGGCAUCUACACCAGGAUGGGCGCCUCAGACAACCUAUCACGAGGCAGAAGCACGUUCAUGGAGGAGCUGUUGGAGGCAUCGGAGAUAGUGUCGCGAGCAACAUCGCGCUCCCUGGUCAUUCUGGACGAGCUGGGGCGAGGCACCAGCACCCACGACGGCAUCGCUAUCGCCUACGCCACCCUGGAGUACUUCGUCAGAGACGUGAAGUCCCUGACUCUGUUCGUCACUCACUACCCUCCUCUGUGUGAGCUGGAGAAAGUCUUCCCACAGCACGUGGGUAACUACCACAUGGCCUUCCUGCUGAACGAGCCUGACGGACAAGAUGAUGGUCUAGACGAGGAACUGCAGCCCGAGUUCAUCACCUUCCUGUACCAAGUAACAGAGGGCGCGGCUGCCAGGAGCUACGGGCUGAACGUAGCCCGGCUGGCGGAGAUCCCAGAAGCCAUCAUCAGAACUGCUGCGCUCAAGUCCAAAGAACUGGAGGCUGUGGUCAAUGCUCGCAGGUAA